ACAUUCAUUAACAUAUCCAUGUAUAUAUUCUGUCCAAUUAAAAUUUUUACGAUCACGAACAGUCCCGUCUACACGUGUUGUAGUGCGAUGACGGUCGUUCUUGAACAUUCUUACAACAACUGUCAAGUCUUCCUGGCAAAGGCAAAAGGUUAGGUAUGAAGCAGUUUAGCACAGGUAAAAUUUUAUUAUUGUUCGAAGUAUUGACGCCAGGAGACAAUGGACGUUUUUCAAUGAAGAGUCAUCAUCGUAGCAGGGUCUUUGAUUGGAAAGGAAUACUUCAUUCUAGUCAUGGAUGAUAAAAUCAGAGAUGCUGUAUUGGAAAAUGAUGACAACGCAUGCGUACUUCGCCUCUACAUCGGAUGUGAGGUAUAGAGAGAUGUAAACAGACUAGAUGAAGAAAAGUUUUAAGAUGAGAAUCGCCCGGAUUCUCGGUGUGUUGAUUUUGGUUUACAUUAUCUGUACCCCAUUUAGAGGGCAAAAUGACAAGACUGUUGAAAAUAAUUAUAGACGAAUGAAGGCUUAUAUCGAUGCAGGCGUUUUUCAGCCCUCUUCAGGUCCGCCGUUAACUUGUGAUGAAAAUGGAGAAAACGUGUUUUUGCUUAUAGUGAUACCUAGCGCCGUUACAAACUUUGAACAGAGAAACGUCAUUAGGAAAACAUGGGGGAACGUCACAAAAGUUCGACCACACGUUGUGGUUAGAUUCCUCGUAGGGAGAGCUGUUGAAUCGUCCAUAAAGGAACUGGUGCAAACAGAGAAUCGCAUCCAUCAUGAUGUGAUCAUGGAGGAAAUACCUGAGAUCUACGAAAAUCUGACACAGAAAUCUGUCGCCAUGCUGCGAUGGAUCAUUUCGUAUUGUUCCCGAGCUCGCUAUUUCCUUAAAAUAGACGAUGACAUGUUUUUAAAUCUUUCCAGACUUUUAAACUUUCUUAGUGAGCAAGCGCAAACAAAUUCGAUCAUAGGGUGCAGGUUUGAACAUUCGAAACCGCGUCGAUAUCCAUUCUUAAAAUGGUAUGUGUCUUUAGAACAGUACAGCGAAUCAGAAUACCCAGUUUACGUGUCUGGACCGGCUUACGUAAUCUCUGGAGAUAUCUUAUUCAAACUUUACCAAGCUACGAAGGAAGUUCCCCAGUUUUUGUUCGAAGAUGUUUACAUAACAGGCAUGUGCAGGAGGCAUAUCGGGGCUGUCGCAAAAUCGCACCCAGAAUUCACCUGUGGCUACCGUGACGUUGCUCCGUGUGGAAGCCACUUUAUGUACAGAAUAACUGGCCACCACUACAGUCCCACCGAAAUCAGUCGGAUGUGGACAGAACUACGAGACAGGUGGUCCACCUGUCGCUUGAUUGACAGUUUCGGGAUUUACAUAAUAGUUGAUUUAUUAAAAUGGAUAUUUUUGUGAUUUGUGUGAUAUUUUCUUCAAAAUAUAAUUGUAUAUGUUAAAGUUGUAAUAUCCCUCUGCUAUUAAUUUUGCCAUAUAUUUUUAAAAAAAUUUCAUAUUGAUUUUCAUCAAAGUCAAUAUCAAUCGAUUCAUAUGAAACAAAGUUUAAGUGAUGAAGCGCUGCUAGAUUUUUCAAAAAAUUGAUAAUAUGUCAAAUCAUGCUUUGAAGAAAACUAGACAUAGUGAAAAGCAAAAUUUUACCAUCGCCGCAUAAAAUUAAAAAUCUAAAAUGUAUAUGAAAAUAAUAUAUAGUUAUAUACAUUUUCAAUUCAUAUUACAAAACAUAUUGAAGCGCUGCAUUUUAGUUCAGAAUAGCACUUUGUUGUAUAGGUUUGCAACAAAAAUUGCUUUAAUCAGCAAGAGUUAUCUUUCUUUAUCAUAGACUAUUGAAGGUUUUACAUACAUGUUUUACAUACAGUGCAUGAUAAAUUGACACAGUUUCUAAAUUUUCGGAAAAGGUUUUCUGUUUUUAAAUUUGGAGAAGAUAAUAGUAAAUGGAUAUAUAUUUAAGAAAUCCUAAAAAUGUAAACCAGAGCAUUUUGUUAUGUAAAACAAAAAGGUAAUCAAGAGAAUAAUCUUCCAGUAAUUGGUAUGAUAUCAGUAUAGGGAUAUAUUGUCUUGAAUCAAAUGAGAUAUUAGGUGUUUUUAUUUUUUAAUUUGUUCUCAUAUCUGCUCCCACAUAAUAGAAAAGCCUUCUUCAAUUUUGAACAUUUGAAAUGCU